AUGAUAAAAUCAUUACUUGUUUCUUAUCAUGAUAAUCCUUUAAUUGGCAAUCAUUUUGCAGUUAAACGAACAUUAGAUAAAAUUCAUCAACAAUUUUGGUGGUCGAAUAUGAAAAAUUCUGUUAUUGACCAUAUAAAAUCCUUUAUUGUUUGUCAAGCUUAUAAUACUAGUCGACCAGCUAAUCUUCCAAUUGAUCAUCCACCAACACCAUUUACAUUUCCUCAACAUCAUGAUUAUUUUCAUCAACGUGUUUGUAAUUUAAAACAUUAUCAAGAUGCUGUUAAACAAAAUAUUUUAAAUCAACAUAAACACUCAAAAUCCCGAUACGAUAAUUAUCGGGAAAAUUCACAAUAUGAUAUAGUUACAACAGUUUUAACUUGUAUUCUUAACAACAGAUAA